CACCCCAAUCUGAUGAAGGUUCUGAUAUUGAUUCUGAACCAGAUUUACCAUUAAAAAGAAAGCAACGCCGUAGCAGGACAACCUUCACAGCAGAGCAACUGGAAGAGCUGGAAAGAGCUUUUGAGAGGACACACUACCCUGAUAUUUAUACCAGGGAAGAACUUGCGCAAAGAGCCAAACUCACGGAGGCUCGUGUCCAGGUCUGGUUUAGUAACCGUCGCGCUAGAUGGAGGAAACAGGCAGGAGCCAACCAACUGAUGGCUUUCAACCAUCUGAUCCCAGGAGGAUUUCCACCCAGUGCCAUGCCAACUUUGCCAACGUACCAGCUCUCUGAGCCCUCCUAUCAACCCACCUCCAUACCGCAAGCUGUGUCUGAUCCAAGCAGUACCGUCCAUAGACCUCAGCCUCUCCCUCCAAGCACUGUACACCAAAGCAGCCUCCCUUCAAAUCCAGAGAGCAGCUCUGCCUAUUGCCUACCCAGCACCAGGCAUGGAUUUUCCAGCUAUACAGACAGCUUUGUGCCUCCAUCCGGGCCCUCAAAUCCCAUGAACCCUGCCAUUGGCAAUGGCCUUUCACCUCAGGUAAUGGGACUCCUGACUAACCAUGGCGGUGUGCCUCAUCAGCCCCAAACUGAUUAUGCCCUGUCCCCUUUAACUGGGGGCCUGGAGCCCACCACCACUGUGUCAGCCAGCUGCAGCCAGCGGCUAGAUCACAUGAAGAGUUUAGACAGCCUGCCUACAUCCCAGUCCUACUGCCCACCGACCUACAGCACCACGGGUUACAGCAUGGACCCCGUCACAGGCUACCAGUACGGCCAGUACGGACAAAGUGCCUUUCAUUAUCUGAAGCCAGAUAUUGCAUAAAUGAACUGUCCACUUCAAGUUAAAGCUGAUCUUGUUUUCCGGUCUCACUCCAAGGCUUGGAUACGAGGGAUCUUCUCAACACACUGCAGU